GAUCAAGAAGUUGCUGCAUAUUUCCUAACACCGCAAGAAGAGAGGAUACUUAGCCGUCAGUACGAAGUUGUACUGCGGAAAUUUUGUGCUGAAUUUCAGCCUCCUAUGCCAAAAUGCGUUAUAGGGACAUCACUGUCAUAUUUCAAACGAUUCUAUGUGAACAAUUCUAACAUGGACUAUCACCCUAAAGACAUUAUGCUGACGUGUGUCUAUCUGGCCUGUAAAGUGGAAGAAUUUUAUGUCCCCAUUGGCCAGUUUGUCAAGAAUCUCAGAGGAGAUCGGGAAAAGUUUGCAGAUGCCAUUCUCAGUUUUGAAUUGACUCUUAUGUCGAAGUUAAACUACCAUUUAACGGUGCAUAACCCUUUCAGACCUCUUGAAGGCUUCUUAAUAGACAUCAAGACUCAUUGCAGAGACAUUCCCAAUGUGGAGAGGAUCAGACGGCCUGCUGAGGAGUUUUUGGAGAGGAGUUUGCUGUCUGAUGCUUGCCUCAUAUUUUCACCCUCACAGAUUGCACUUGCAGCUGUAAAGUUUGGUGCUGCUAAGGAAAGAAUUGUAUUAGACGGGUAUAUAAAGAACACUCUGUUGAAGACAGCCUCGGAAAAGGAAGCUGAAAAUACUCUUUAUCAGCUGCGGCGUGUUAAAUUUAUCGUCAAAGGAGUUGAACCAGUGCCAAGAGAACAAGCUGGGGCAAUCCAAAAGAAGCUGGACUCCUGUCGAAACCAGGAAAACAAUCCAGACAGCGAUGUGUAUAAACAAAGAAUGCUAGAGAAACUUGAUGAGGAAGAUGAUGUGAAGGCAAAGAAGAGAGCCAAAUUGUCUGAUGACAAAUGA